CAUUUUGUUAACUUGGACUGAUCGGGUGCUUCAAGUUUUGACGACCUCGAAUGACUUAGUAUUACUCCUUUUGAUAGAUUGCUUUGUUUGUUGGUUUUAUUUUAAAUCUUUCCUCGUUGCGAGAAAAUCAUUGUUAACAGAAGUCGUGCAUUCUCGUGAGUGUGUCAAAUGCAUUUUUAAGAAGAAGAAAAAACGAAGAAAUAUGUGCAAAAAAGUGUAAUAUUACGAAAAAAAGUCUCAUAAAUAUGUAGUAAAUGAAGUAAUUGAAUAUUUCUCUUUAUUCACCCACUGGAAAUUAUUAUUUAACAAAUAAUAUAGUGCGCGUGUAAUUUAAAUUAAUUAAAUAGUUAAACAUGCGAGUAUCAUCUUAUACCUAUCAACAGAAACGUUGAAUUAUGCGGGGAUCCAUUAUCGGUAUUGCAACUUUCUUGCGACGCGAUGGAUGAUACACUCAACACUUUCCACGACAGAGACACGGACUGCACGAGUCGAUCUCUGGCGACACUUUUAGUAGCAUGGGUCGGAGCAGCGAUGGUAGCAUCAGUAUUACUGCGAUGGAAGUAUAUGUGGAUUGCCCUGGCAAUAUUAACGUUAUUAUUUCUCAUUGCUUGUGGAUAUGCGGCGUGCAAUGCUCGAAGCGCACAUCAGAGGAUAGCCUGCAGGAGUAAUAGACCAAUUGUCAGGAGACGCUCAAUAGAAAAUGUUCAAACAGUUUCCAGGAUAGUCGAUGGAAAUUAUGUAGUCGAUCCGCCGGCCUAUCAAACAUUUUGGAUAACGGAUUUACCGCCGUCGUAUUCGGCAGUAAUUAGAGCGCAGCCACCAAAUUAUCAUUUGACUUCAGUCGAUGAAUUUGCCAUUGGUCCAAGAUUAUCGAAUCCUCCUCCCUACACAAUGGUAAUUCAAUCUGAUGUCCUGAAUACGUCAAAUGGUCAACCAACAAAUCGUACACAGGAGGCACAUCUGUCGAGUUUCCCAGCAGGCAUAAAUCAACAAUCUCGCGGUGAACCCUGGCCACAGAACACAUUUGGUCAAAAUAAUAAUAAUAAUAAUAAUAACAGUAAUAUAGUAAGGAGACAAUCAUUUUCUGAAAUUUCCCAAAUAAACGAGGACAAGGAACCAAAAGAGAGACGACGCUCGCGCUCAAUUGGAACGCAUUAUUUCAGCAAUAUUAUUAUUAAUUGUACAUUUUCCAGAAACGAGAGAAGGACAAAUGACGAGCAUAUUAAUCAUACUCCGACAAUAGAACAAAGGGUUGAUUCCAAUCAGAAUCAUUCUUCGAGCACUAAUGAUAAUAGUGAAUCAAAGAUUUGAACCUUCAAAUUAACGACGAGAGCAGUAUCGUCAUAAUGAUUAGCAGAAAAAUUGUUAUAAAAAUAUCUAUUUUAUAAAUAAGAUAUAAGUUGUAAAUAUAAUUGAUUUGUUCAUAAUUUUGCGAACGCAUCAAAAAGGAGAGGAAAAAAAUACUAUUUUUCGAAAGAAUAAAAAAUACAAUAAUUAUGUUUAUUGUUAUUAUUAUUAUUAUUAUUAUAAUUUUUUUUAUUUUUAUUAUAUAAUUACAU